AUGGUCCUCCGGCCCCUCGCGCUCCUCCUCCUCCUCCUCCUGCUGCUCCCUCGCGACCCGGUCCCGGCGGAGUUCUCGUCAAAGACCGAUCUGGACUAUGAGUUCGGGGACUACCGGGGGAAGUGGUGCAUCGACGAUCACGGCUUCGUGUACGGGAUAGGAGAGAUCUACUACCCGAGCCCCUCCGCGUGUCCGUGCACGUGCACGGUGGACGGCCCGGUGUGCGUGCGCCCCAAAUGUCCCCGCAUCCAUCCCCGGUGCACGCGCAUCAGGUACAAGAGCUGCUGCCCGGUGUGUGAGGCCAUGGCCCGGGUGUGUGUGUACGGCGGGAAAACCUACCGCCUGCUGGAGGAGUUCAGGUUGUCGAGGUGUGAGCGAUGUCGCUGUGAGGCCAACAGAGAGGUGUACUGCAGCAUCUCAGACUGCCCCGCCCCUCACUGCGUCAACCCGACCUACGAGCCCAACCACUGCUGCCCCAUCUGUAAGAGCGGCCCAAACUGCUUUGCGGGGAACAGGGUGAUCUCAGCGGGGGAGCGCGUGAACAUCGACGAGCGGACGGUUUGUUUCUGCACCUACAGAGACGGGACGUGGCACACGCACCCGCACGCCACCUGCGAACAGCGCCCCCUACCCAGCCCCACACCCAGCGUGAGCACCGAGGCCCCACGGGAGGAGGAGGCCAGGGGCCGAGGGGGAAGCGCCUACAUCCCUAGACUGGACGUGAUCCCAUGA